CCUCUCUUUCUCUCUUCCUCCCCUCUCUGGCACAGACAAGACAAGUAGACAAGACAAAAACAAUGUCUCUUUGAUCAAAGUGUUUUGCGGAUUGCUUCGCCGUUUUCCACCUUCACACGUGUGAAAAGAUGGGUAAGGAGGACGGAUUCAAGACUCAGAAGCGCGUCUCGACCGCUUCCGCCGCCGGCGUUCUUCCGACGACGAUGGCGAGUAGCGGAGGAAGGAGACAACCACGUGGUAGACAGAUCCAGAAGACGUUCAACAACGUGAAGAUGACUAUCCUCUGCGGCUUCGUCACCAUACUCGUCCUCCGUGGCACAAUCGGCGUUAACCUCAGAGCCUCCGACGCCGACACCGUUAACCAGAACUUAAUCGAAGAGACUAACCGUCUUCUAGCCGAGAUCCGAUCCGAUUCGGAUCCUACCGACCCGAACGAGCCUCCUGAUUCGGAUCUUGAGCUCAACAUGACGUACACUCUCGGACCCAAGAUCACUAACUGGGACCAACAACGUGAAAUGUGGUUAACGCAGAACCCAGAUUUUCCCAGUUUCGUCAAUGGGAAAGCUAGAGUUUUGCUUCUAACAGGUUCGCCUCCGAAACCUUGUGACAAUCCAAUUGGUGAUCAUUACCUAUUGAAAUCGGUGAAGAACAAGAUUGACUAUUGUAGGAUUCACGGGAUCGAGAUUGUGUAUAACAUGGCUCAUUUGGACAAGGAGCUUGCUGGGUAUUGGGCUAAGCUCCCAAUGCUCAGGAGAUUGAUGUUGUCUCACCCUGAAAUCGAGUGGAUUUGGUGGAUGGACAGUGAUGCUUUGUUCACAGACAUGGUGUUCGAGAUUCCUCUGUCUAAGUACGAGAAUCAUAACUUGGUUAUUCACGGGUACCCGGAUUUGCUGUUCGAGCAGAAGUCUUGGAUUGCUUUGAACACUGGUAGCUUCUUGUUUAGGAACUGUCAAUGGUCUUUGGAUCUGUUGGAUGCUUGGGCUCCAAUGGGACCAAAAGGACCGAUCAGGGAAGAAGCCGGGAAGAUUCUCACUGCGAAUCUCAAGGGAAGACCGGCGUUUGAAGCUGACGAUCAGUCUGCAUUGAUCUAUCUGCUGCUUUCACAGAAGGAAAAGUGGAUGGAGAAAGUCUAUGUGGAGAAUCAGUACUAUCUUCAUGGGUUUUGGGAAGGAUUAGUGGACAAGUACGAGGAGAUGAUAGACAAGUACCAUCCGGGAUUGGGAGAUGAAAGAUGGCCCUUUGUUACUCACUUUGUCGGAUGCAAACCGUGUGGGAGUUAUGCGGAUUACGCAGUUGAACGUUGCUUGAAGAGUAUGGAGAGAGCAUACAACUUUGCGGAUAAUCAAGUGCUCAGGCUUUAUGGAUUUGGUCACAGGGGAUUGUUAAGCCCUAAGAUCAAGAGGAUCAGGAACGAGACAACAUUUCCAUUGAAAUAUGUAAACAGGUUUGAUAUUCGGAGAACAACACCGAUCAAAGUUGAAGCCCGGAGCUAGCAGCCGAUUAGGUCAAGCACAAUCGGUUACUUAGCUGAACAAAAAUCUUCAUAUGAUGAUUAUAGCUCCACAAUUGUUUCAAAGCUCGGUUCUUUAUCUUUUUGUUUCCGUCUCAUUAUAAGUCGAUGGAUUCUUUUGCUAAACUUGAACAAAGGAUGAAAAGUAUCAGUUUGUUCAAAAACCUUACUUUGCAAAUAUCUGCUUUUACAGUGUUUAAUGUCGAAGAACCCUUAGCUCAUGGAGUGAUUCUGG